GUCAGCCUUAGGCCCUCACUGCUCUUCGUCUGGUCCCUGAAACUCAGCUGCCAGGGGAGCCGGGGUUACCCGACGAAGGUGUCCCCUCCAUACUGGACCCCUACAGGGAGCCACGUGUGCCCAGCCUGGGCGCUGCACCAGCUGAUGCCCCAGAGGGGCCACCCAUAUCGAAAGGGGCUCUGGUCCCUGCCUGGCCCCCUCAUGGCACAUGAGCCACAGCCUGAGGCUGGUGGGCAAUUGGAUCUCAGCUUCCUGACAGAGGAGGAGCAAGAGGCUAUUGCCAAGGUCCUGAAGCGAGAUGCCCACCUGCGCCAGCUGGAGGAGGGACGGGUCAGCAAGCUCCGGACAUCGCUGGCAGACCCUGGGCAGCUGAAGAUCCUUACAGGGGACUGGUUCCAGGAAGCACGCUUCCAGCGGCACCACCACGCCCACCUUGGCUCUGACCUUGUUCGCGCCUCCAUCCGCAGGAAGAAGGGCUCCAGGGGAGACCAGGCUCAAGGCAGCGAUGGGGAGGCUGAGGCUGCUGGGAAAGAGACCGAAGAGGCGCUGGAGCCCAGGCUCCCCAUGGACGAGGCCCCCCAAGAGAGGUCCAGCGAGACUGAGGGACCUGAUUUCCCCUCACCAUAUGACCCCCCAAAGACUUCAGAUCAUGAGGAGGAGCCCCAGGCCCAAGAAGCCCCCGGCACCGGGGGCGUUCAGGCCUUCGCCGCCGAGGAGGCUGACUCUGAGCUGGAGCCUCCGUCGAGGGGAGAGGAGGAGCCGCAGCCCGCGCCUGCCCAGACCCAGGAGGCGUCCGAGAUCCUGGAGAAUGGGGAGGAGGCCCCGGGGCCCGACCUGUCACUCCACCGCGUGCUCAGCAGCAGCUUCUCCACGCCCAGCCUCAACUCCUCCGCGCUGAGCAGCAGCCAAAUGAGCCUGUCCGGGGAGGCGGAGGCGGGCGCGGUACAGGUGAGCGGCUCCCUGUACUUCGCGCUGCGCUACGAGCCUGGUGCCGCCCAGCUGCGCGUGCACGUGAUCCAGUGCCAGGGCCUGGCCGCCGCCCGGCGCCGCCGCUCCGACCCCUACGUCAAAAGCAAACUCCUCCCGGGUAAGCAGAGCAAGCGCAAGACCUCAGUGAAGAAACGGAAUCUGAACCCGGUCUUCAACGAGACUCUCUGGCACUCCGUCCCGCAGGCCGAGCUCCGGGGCCGCGUGCUGAGCCUGUCCGUGUGGCACCGCGAAAGCCUGGGUCGCAACAUCUUUCUGGGCGAAGUCGAAGUGCCCCUGGACACGUGGGACUGGGACUCCGAGCCCACCUGGCUCCCCCUGCAGCCCCGGGUCCCGCCCUCUCCCGACGACCUUCCCAGCCGCGGACUGCUCUCUCUGUCCCUCAAGUACGUGCCCGCUGGUUCUAAGGGCGCAGGACUGCCCGCGAGCGGGGAGCUGCACUUCUGGGUGAAGGAAGCUCAGGACCUCGUGUCUCUGCGCCCAGGACCCCUGGAUACCUACAUACAAUGUUUGGUGCUGCCUGAUGACAGCCGGGCCAGCCGCCAACGCACAAGGGUGGUGCGACGCAGCGUCAGCCCCAUGUUCAAUCACACCAUGGUUUACGAUGGCUUCGGGCCUGCUGACCUGCGCCAGGCCUGUGCUGAGCUCUCUCUCUGGGACCAUGGGCCCCUGGCCAGUCGCCAGCUGGGGGGCACACGCCUCAGCCUGGGCACCGGCAGCAGCUAUGGGCUCCAGGUGCCCUGGAUGGACUCCACACCUGAAGAGAGGCAGCUGUGGCAGGCCCUCCUGGAGCGGCCGUGUGAGUGGGUGGACGGCCUUCUGCCCCUCAGAACCAACCUCGCCCCCAGGACAUAGCUGCCCUACAAGCCCUACAAAACCCCUCUUUCUGGACCCCCAUCUCAGGGCCUGCCCUUG